AUGGCUGAUUUAAACCCUAACGAUAGCGGCCUACGUGAUUCUUUGAAUAAGUGGUACAGCUCCCGUACCGAUGCAGCAGCAGCUGCUGCCGAAGGAUCUGUAUCCGGUAAUGUCAGAGGGUUUUUCUCUACUUUCUCAGAUUCUGUCAAUUCAACUGCUCAAGACGUCUAUUCUCGUUUACCUUUGACUAAUCAAGAUUUAUCACAAACAGAAGAACCUUCAUGGUUUGCUCUAUCAAGAACAGAAAGAUUAUUAUUGUUUAUAGCAUGUCUAUUAGGUUCUAUUGCCUGCUUCACGUUAUGUAUAUUUUUAUUCCCUGUGUUGGCAAUUAAACCAAGAAAAUUCGGUUUGUUAUGGACAAUGGGUUCAUUAUUAUUCAUUUUAGCAUUUGGGUUUUUCAUGGGACCGAUUGCAUACAUUAAGCAUUUAACGUCAAGGGAAAGAUUACCUUUCACUGUCUUCUUUUUCAGUACCUGUUUCUUAACAAUUUAUUUCGCUGCAUUUGUUAAGUCUUCAUUAUUAACCAUGCCAUGUGCCGUACUAGAAUUAAUAGCCGUUGUAUAUUAUGCUAUUUCAUAUUUUCCAUUUGGAAGAGCAGGGUUGUCAAUGUUGAGUUCCUUCGGUUUAAGCAGAGCUAGAGGGGCCUUAAAUAUAUAA